AUGCCUGUGUCCAAGAUUCUAAUUCUGUUUUUACCCAGUCUUUACCCUACCUUCCUUGGAGAUCCUCUGUUAGAGCUAGGUUACUGCCUGGUUCCUGGACCCAACUGUUUCAUUCUGGAGGCUUCCCCACAGCCACUGUUGGUACCUAAACCUCAGAUGAUGGCUUCAGACAGAACCUCUCCGUUACCAGGACCAGAUAUGGCCAUGAAACCUGGUGCUGGCCUGCCCCCUUUCACUGGGCUUCCCUUUGCCCCACCUACUCCUGUGCCACCAGACCCACCCCUCUGGGAGCCAUCACCACAGCCCCCCAUACCUCCUGCAUUCUCUCCAGGCAGUCCUCUGCUCCUUUCUGCUUUUCCCAGCCCAUUGUUGGUGACAGGAGAAGGAGGCUCUGGCCCCAGUGUGGCUGGAACUGGCCAGGUCAUUGUUAAAGUCAAGACAGAAGUGGGGCCAGCUGAGCCCUCUCAAAGUCAGAACCUUAUAGUUACUCAGACAGCCCUGAACUGGAUUACCUCAGGGGCUCCUGGUGGGGGCCAGGAGGGGCUGCCUCCUCCAUAUGUGACAACCUCUAGUAUGAAGUCCACUCUGCCUGCUGUGGCUGUGGGAGUGAGCCAGGAGGGCCCUGCGGGACUUUCUGUGCAGGCUCUACCACCAACUGCCCAACUGGCUCCCAUUGUGCCCCUGGAAAAGUCUUGGCCAGGAACACAAGCUGCAAACAUGGAAGGAGGUCCAGUGGCUGCCCGGAAGCCCUCUCAAGGUGACCUUGCCUAUGCUUCCAAGGGUGUUUAUGAGAACUAUCGUCGCUGGCAGCGCUACAAAGUCUUGGCCCGGACUCACCUAUCCCAGAGUCCUGAUGCAGAAGCUCUUUCCUGCUUUCUUAUCCCAGUGCUUCGUUCCCUGGCCCGACUGAAGCCUACUAUGACCCUGGAGGAGGGACUGCCGAGGGCUCUACAGGAGUGGGAGCGUACCAGCAACUUUGACCGGAUGAUCUUUUACGAGAUGGCAGAGAAGUUCAUGGAGUUUGAGGUGGAAGAGGAGAUGCAGAUACAGAACACACAGCUGAUGAAUGGUUCCCCAGGGCUGUCCCCUGUAACCCCUUUGAAACUUGAUCCAGGGCCUCUGGUCCCUGAGGCUUGCCAGCAGCCAGUGUACAUCCCCAAGAAGGCAGCCUCUAAAUCACGGGCUCCCCGCCGGCGGCAGCGCAAACCCCAGAGGGCUCUGGUUCCCGAGGCACCCAAAGAGAUCCCACCGGAAGCUGUGCAAGAAUAUAUUGACAUCAUGGAAGGUCUGAUGGGGAGCCACUUGGACACUGGGAAGACAGAGGAGGAAGAGGGGCAGCUGGAGGAUGCAGGGAUGUAUCCAGAUCCAAGUCUUCUGAGCUACAUUGAUGAACUAUGUUCUCAGAAAGUCUUUGUCUCCAAGGUAGAGGCGGUCAUUCACCCUCAAUUUCUGGCAGAUCUGCUGUCCCCAGAGGAGCAGAGAGAUCCUCUGGCUUUAAUUGAGGAGCUAGAGCAAGAAGAAGGACUUACUCUUGCCCAGCUGGUCCAGAAACGACUCCUGGCCUUGGAGGAGGAAGAUGCACAGGCACCUCCAAGUUGCAGCGCAGCUCAGUCAGACUCAAGUCCUUCUGUUUCUGAUGAAGAUGAAGAUGGGGGUCGAAGGCCUAGGCCCUCACCUGGGCUUCAGGGGGCUUCAGGCACUGUUCACAUUGGAAAAUCUGCUUCUCCAGGCAAGCAGGCAAGAGAAAUGUAUGGUGGGCAGGAACAAGCCCUAGGUGGUUCAAGGGGGAUUCUCAAGGAUGGAAACACUCUGCCAUCCUCUAGUAGCUGGGACCUGCAGCUAGACCUUGCAGCUUCACAGGGAAUGCAAGUACCCUUGGGUGUGGAGAGAAAAGGGACUGGGAAAGUUAUAAAACAGCUAUCUGCACGUAAUGAUGGCCACCUGGGAGGUACUGGGUCCUCUGGGCACUACCCAGUGGCAGAUAGGAAUUCAGAGUCUUUACUUUUUUGCUGGCAAGAAGGUCCCCCGCCCAUGAGAGCCUCUAAUUUGGAUGUUGCACUUACGGAGCCAGUUCCUCUGCAAGCACUUAGGUUAGAAAACCAGGCCUUGGGGGUGCAAAUAGGACAACAGAUUCGGCGAGUUGGGGUGCUUAUUCAAGGGAGAGAAGCUUCAGCAGUGUCCCAGGAAGGUUCUUCAAGGGCCAUGUGGAGAGAUGACAGAGGUCCUGCCAUGGUUCAGAGUUUUGAUCAGAAUCAUUCCCCUGGAGUAGCUGGCAACCUGGACAGGGUUUCUCUCAGCCCAGAACUGUGGCUGAGCAGUGACAUGGAUGCUGUACGCAUAGAGUUUCCCUUACAAAUCCAAAGGGUCACAGACAGCACCCAAGAUGAGGCAUGUAUAAGGAAGGACCAGGCACUGAGUUCCAGAAACAGUGUUUCUCCAAGUUCUAGAAAAACCACAGUGCCAGAGGAUAUGGGGAACACUGUGGUUCCCUGUGGAGGCCCAGAUGUGACAGCUAUCCUAGAAAAGAGCAACUCCUGCAGCUUGCCAGGAUCUCUGAUGGCCAAUGGCCCAGCCCUGAGGUCCAAAGAAAAUCAAGAGCUAAGCCCUGAGACCAUACAGGAUCCCAGUGACCUGUGGGCUGAAGGUUGCUCCCCACUGCUGGAAACAUUUGACACCUCCACACUGGGGUCUUCCAAAGACACCCUGAUCCCCACAUGCCAAGACAAUCUCCUUAUUCUUGGGACCCAGGAUAGCCUCUCUUUCCCCCAGGCUAGUCAAGAGGCAGAGAGCAGAGGUAAUCUACUCUUUCCUCUGUUGGAAAACAUAGAACAUGUUAACAUACUAGAUGUUAAAAAGGACAGUGGCCCCCAACCAGGGCUCAGCAACAAUUCCUGCUCAUCAAAUUUUAAUUCUUAUAACCUGCAAGGAGAGGGCAGGGAAGGUACUGUUUCCUCCAAACCUACUGACCUUGUUCCUUUACAAGGCAACCAAGGAUCUUACCCACUUGAGACCAGCAAAUCAACAUCUGGCCAGGGUCUGAGAAGUACUUCCCCUAGAGGGGGAGUCAGGGGGGCUUUAGUUCUGAGAGAAAUCUCGAGUAGAGAAACACAUCACUCAGCAGAUAGGGCCAAAGCAAGUGAGAGAGAGGAGGAAGAGGAUGAAGAGCUCUCUAACUUUGCCUAUCUUUUGGCUUCAAAACUUAGCCUGUCUUCAGGAGGGCUUUCCUUCAGUACUUGUCAGGCCUCUGGAGGUCAGGGAAUCCAGAAAACAUCCCACCUCUCUGCUGAAGUAGAUGACCUUAGCCAACCUUCACCCCUUCCCCACACAUCUGGGAGGCAAGUCCUACUUGGGGGUUCAGCUACUGCUGUAGAGAGACCCCAGCCUGGGAGUUCUGGACAGAAACCCCUUGCUCUAGGAAUAGCGCAGCUCCCACAAACCCGUAAAAGGCGGCGUGACAGUUUUGUCACGAGCAAAAGGAAGAAACGACGUCGUAGCCAGUAGAAGCAGAGGGCUAUCCUGCUCCACCUAGCAGCACUCCAAUGGGGGG